AAGUUAGGUUGGGGUGUUUGAAACUGUUAUUGUAUCCAUUUUAUUUACCUUGUUUCUUUUGUUUGAAACUAGAAGCAACAGGAGAUCGAAAAAGAAGUCGGAAUCCUUCAAAUCGUAUCUGGCCACCGGAACAUCGUCGACUUCUAUGGGGCCUUUUAUCAUAAGGCCUCAUCGAAACAUGGAGGACUAUGGAUUGCUACAGAGCUUUGUACCGGUGCGACUGUAGAAGAGCUAAUUGCCACCAAAAGGACCUUAGGCGAAAGAUGGAUCGCCUAUAUUUGCAAGAAUGUGAUAACGGUAGGUCACCUGUUAAACUCCUUCCUGCUAUUCUCAUAUUUCUAAUUAAUCAAAGAGUACAAAAUAUUUAUAUACUUACUUUUGCUUUCUUGAUUUCUCAGGGCCUUAACCAUCUGGAAGAGAAAAAUAUAAUCCAUCACGACAUCAAGCCCGAACACAUUGUCAUCUCCUCAUCCGGAGAGGUGAAGAUCGGCGAGUUUUGCUUUGCGACCAUCGGAGGAAGGAGCGCCAGCACUUCGGGGACCAUGGCAUACAUGGCUCCGGAAGUACUGGCUCAUUUUGCCCAAAACAGCGGCGAAUAUGACCAUAAGGCUGACAUCUGGUCACUAGGGAUUGCAGCCAUUCAAAUGGCGGAAGGACAUCUCCCAUUCAGAAGACUUCCCAAGCAGAAGCUGAUCCAGAGAAUAACAACCGGUCCCAUUCCAUCAUUAUCAUCAAGGGGCAAUUGGAGUGACGAGUUCCGCUUCUUUAUCAGCGAGUGCCUGCAGAGAGACCCAGGCAGGAGACCAUCUGCAAGGCAGCUCCUCACGCACCCUUUCAUUGCCGAGCUCCGGGGUGAAAGGGGGGUGCAGAGGAAUAUCGCCCAACACCUGCACAGAGGUAGGGGAACUGCUCAUUCUCAUUAUAGUUCAUGUGAUGCACAGACUGUAAUCAUUUACUGUUCCCAUUCCUACAAUAUUCUCCUGCUUUCCUAUAUACAAUAUCAUUCUAUAACUAAAGCCACCAAGAAUAAAGACUAAGAUUGGAUUAGGGCAGAGCUCACUAAACUGGGCUAAAUCUACAGGAGAGACAAACAUCUGAGAGGGGAGAACAUGUUAUUAUUAGACAGUUGUAGUUGGCCUUUAAAUUAGCAGCAAAAGGGAACGUGAUAUAAAACAUGCAUAUAAAUGCAAAGAGUAACAAGGAACAAAUUGCAGAAUUAUUAUAUACUCACCUAC